AUGGCCCUGUGUGGACUGUUGAUCACCACUGGAAUACUGCUUAGUGGCAUAUAUUGUUGCAUGACCCCUGAAGAUUUUGUUGGAGCUAGACAUCACGGGGACAUUAUGAUUGGAGGCUUGUUUGCUGUACAUGGUAGAAUGAUGCGUUCGACUAAGGGAUACCCAAAGCGACCAAUAAUCCAGAGCUGCGCAGGUUUUGAAAUACAAGGCUUCCUGCAGGUGCUUGCCAUGAGCCAUGCUAUCGAGAUGAUAAACAAUUCGCCACUCAUACCUGGCAUAAAACUUGGGUAUGAGAUUUACGACUCUUGUUCUGAAAAUACACUGAGUGUAUUAGCGGCAAUGAGAUUCCUGUCUACAUAUAACUCAACAGAGGACACGUUGAAAUUCCAAUGUAAUUUCACAAACUAUACACCAAAAAUAAAGGCUGUCAUUGGAGCCAGUUACUCUGAAAUUUCCAUAACCAUUGCAAAGAUGCUCAACACACAGCUCAUACCACAGGUCAGUCACUCUUCAUCUGCUGAAGAACUAAGUGACAAAUUUCGCUUCCCGGCAUUCCUGAGGACAAUUCCUAAUGAUGCCCAUCAAACAAGAGCGAUGGCAAAACUUAUACAUAACUCUGGCUGGAAUUGGAUUGGAAUGAUUGUUAUGGAUGACGACUAUGGACGUUCAGCUUUAGAGAGCUUUGGAACACAGACCAUGACAAUUAAUGUAUGCAUUGCAUUUAAAGAACUCAUACCAGCACAUUUAUCUGACAGCUCAGUCCAAGCAAGGUUAAAUGAAACCAUUAAAACAAUACUGAGAGAAACGAGAGUCAAUAUCAUUGUUGUCUUUGUGAAACCUUCACUUUUAAUCAAACUUUUCAAGAAAAUCAUGGAAAUGAAAAUUCAAAAAACUUGGAUUGCAAGUGACAGCUGGUCUGCAGCCUCUAUAAUCAGUUCUAUUCCAAGUAUCAACAAAAUUGGACAAGUAAUUGGUUUCAUGUUUAAAAGUGGUGACGUUUCAUCGUUCCAUGCAUAUCUGAAAGAUUUAAACUAUCAACAUUUUGAGGUUAACCAACUUUUAGACCAAUAUGCUGUGCUACUCUCUCACUGCCCAAAAGCAAAACAUGAUGAGUUAUAUAGAUGCAUUACCAAUUAUUCUAAGGAGGCCUCCUAUAACGUACAGAGAAACAAAAACAGAUCGCUUAGAGGGGAUUUUCUUUCUGCAGCAGUACAGCCAGGAUUUGUCUACAGCACACAAUUAGCAGUAACAGCUAUUGCAUAUGCCAUUCGUCAACUCUGCAUGGACAGAGACUGCAAGGAUCCAACUGCGUUUGCACCCUGGGAGUUGUUACAGGUUCUUCAGACAUCAAAUUUCUCCUAUGAAGGCAGACAUGUUUACUUUGAUUCUAGAGGAGAUGCAAACACGGGAUAUGAUGUUUUACUCUGGAAGGAAGGUCCAAACGGAAUUAUAAAUAUCACCACAAUUGCCGAGUAUGAUAUUCUUAAGGAUGUUUUCAUAUUUAAAAAUAAAGAAAAGGAAAAUGAGUUCAAGCGUUUGAAGAAAAUUGAGUCCAAAUGUUCAGAAGAAUGCAAACCUGGACAAAUGAAAAAGACAUCAGCAAGCCUACAUACAUGCUGCUAUGAGUGUGUUAGUUGUCCAGAAAAUCAUUAUACCAAUAAAGCAGAUAUGGGCUAUUGUCUUCAGUGUGACAACAAGACUCACUGGGCUCCUGUAAGCAGUUCUAAGUGCCACAAGAAAAGGAUUGAAUAUUUGCGCUGGAAUGAUGGCUAUGCUAUUGUGCUCCUUAUCAUUUCCUUUUUGGGAGUUUCUCUAAUAAUAGCAGUAGCAAUACUCUUUGCUAAGAAUUUUGAUACACCUGUGGUCAAGGCAUCCGGAGGCACUCUUUGCUAUGUUAUUCUCCUCUCCAUCUUUUUUAGUUUUGUAAGUGCUGUAUUGUUUAUUGGCAAACCAGGAGACUUUAAGUGCAAAGUCCGUCAAACUCUGUUUGGCAUUAGUUUCACGGUGGUGGUGUCUUGUAUCCUGCUAAAGUCCAUAAAAAUACUGUUAGCAUUUAGCUUUGAGCCAAAGGUGCAAGAUAUUCUGAAAUGUCUAUACAAACCUUUCACUUUAGUAUUUGUAUGUACAGGGGUCCAGAUUAGCAUUUGCACUGUAUGGCUUAUAUUCUGGUCACCACGCACUAAGGAGAAUUUCUCUCUUCCAAAGACUAUUAUACUAGAAUGCGAUGAAGGUUCCACCGUGGCUUUUAGUGUCAUGUUAAGCUAUAUAGCCAUUCUGGCUUUCGUGUGUUUCAUAUUUGCAUUUAAGGGAAGGAAACUUCCAGAAAACUACAAUGAAGGCAAAUUUAUCACAUUCGGCAUGUUGAUAUACUUCAUAGCAUGGAUAACAUUUAUCCCUGUUUAUGCCACAACUUUUGGCAUAUAUUUACCUGCUGUUGAAAUGAUUGUUAUAUUAAUAUCAAGCUAUGGGAUACUGUCAUGCACUUUUUUCCCAAAAUGCUAUGUUAUCUUAUAUAAACAAGAUACCAAUACAAAAUCUGCCUUUCUUAAAAUAAUUUAUAAAUAUUCUUCAAAAAGUGCUAGCAGUCUGACUGUUAGUAGCCAUAUAUCUUCCAAUUCUAUACCAAGCUUGUCUAAUGUUCCUAAUUCAGAUACAUAUGGCAGAUCUUCCUCAGUGAGAUGUGUAAGUAACAGCUUCUCUUUUCAUGAGACACUUGUAGCAGCUGAUAUACCUUUAGCAGAUGACAGAGGUCUCAUACGAAAAAGGUUAUCAAGCAUUUAA